CCUACUUGGUGGUCGGUCGCUCCAUGUGGGACCGAUCGGGCGACCUUGCUGGGUCACACUCCCAUCCCUGUUCGCACGUGUCUCAGGCCGAACGGGUCCCUUGCAGCUGUGUUGGAUCAAACGGCACAGUUGUUUGAGAAUUCUACGAUUCUACAAGAAACACCGCGAAAAGGUGCAUUUUUGGAUGGCGUUCAUGCUCCAGGCGCUGUUGAUUCUGGGUGUUGUUGAUCUUCUGGGCGCGCUUCGGACUGUGGAUGAAGUCGAGAGUAGAGUUCCUGCAGUGAUCCUGACGGAGUUGAGGAGUGCGAAUGCAGAGGUCUCCGACCAUGUGAAGAUGUUGGAGGAUGCCAACGCAGCGGCCGAGCAAAAGAAGGAAGCCUCAAAAAAGAAGAUCGAUGAGAAGGUAAAGGUGAUGCAGGAGCUGCAAAAGAAGACCCACGCGCUGGAAGCAAAGGCGUCCAAGAGCCGUGAGCUGAUGCUCCGUGUGGAGAAGGCACAAACGGAACACACGGAGAAGGGCCAGGAGCACGCGAAGUCCAUUGAGAAGUUCAAAGACCUCAGUGAUGAGAUGGAGUCCGUGGCACGGAAAGUCUUGCUCAAGGAGCAAGCUCUGAGACAGAUCGUCAAGACGCUGAAACGUCAAAUUGCCGCGCUGCGGGCCGAGUUGGACGCCUUGCGGACGACUCGCGAGGCCGCUGAGGUGGAGAUGCAGACACUGAAGAGCCAGGCCUUGUCGGCCGGGCAGUUGAAGGAAGGCGCCGAGCAGGAGCAGGCAAAGGUGGAGGAAGCUAUGCAGACUGCGAAGAAGGAGCUGCAAGCCAUGCAGGCGCAGCUCAACGUGGCGGUCUCCGCGGCCACCGUGGCCGAAGCCCAGGAAGAAGAGGCCACGAACCGGGCUCGGGAGGCUGCCCGAAAGCGGGAUGAUGCCAGGCAGACGCAGGCCUUGCUCAAGAAGUUGCGUCAGAAGGUGAAACUCUACUAUGAGAGCGUGGAGGAGGUGGAGAUGGCUUCUCCAGCGAAGGACUUGAAGCAGCUACCUGAGACGAAGGUGCUUUUGGAGAACUUCAAUCACAUGGUCGCCGCCUUUUGGGAGCUUCGGUCUUUUGAUCAGGAAGUCUACCAGAAGGUCAAAGGGGCCAUGCAGGAGAUCGACCGGAACUCCUUGGAGCAGGUGAAAUACGUUUGCAACCCACGAAACAAGCUUACUGCUGAAGAGGAGCAGAAGUGUGUGGACGGUCUUUGGGAGUCGGCGCAUCUGAGGGCCUUGGCCUUUCCCAAAAGUGCCUGACAUGGAACGAGACCGCGAAGAAAGAAGAGCCUUCCGGUAUUGGUUCGUUGUUUCUGUUCUUGCUGCGAAUUUGGGGUGUCGGAGGGGCGCAGAAAGAUCAGAAAGAUCUG